AUGGUCGUCCUCGGCGGCGUCACGCGCCUCACGCGCUCCGGCCUCUCCAUGACCGACUGGAAGUUCACCGGCGAGCGCCCACCCUCCACCGAGGCCGAGUGGCUGGAGGAGUUCGCGCGGUACCAGGACUCCCCCGAGUUCAAGCGCGUCAACCUGGGGAUGUCUCUGGAGGAGUUUAAAUUCAUUUACUGGAUGGAGUGGGGCCAUAGGAUGUGGGGGCGCGCCCUCGGAUUCGCCUUCGCCGUCCCCUUCGCCUACUUCUGCGCCACUCGCAAGAUGACGUGGCCGCUGGCGCGGCGGCUGCUGCUGAUUUUCGGCGCCGGGGGCGCGCAGGGCCUGAUCGGGUGGUGGAUGGUCAAGUCGGGCCUCGAGGAGCCGCCCGAGCACUGGGACGUGCCCCGGGUGUCGCCGUUCCGCCUCGCCGCGCACCUGACGUCAGCAUUCGCGAUCUACGCCGCGCUGGCGUGGACGACGCUCGGCGUCGCGCUCCCGACGCCCCCGCGCCUCGACGCGGCGCCGGCGGUCGCCCGCGCGAUGGACGCGGUCCGAGGCCGCGCGCUGCCGCUGGCGGGGCUCGUCGCGGUGACUGCGGUCUCAGGGGCCUUCGUGGCCGGGAUGGACGCCGGACGCGCGUACAACACGUUCCCCAAGAUGGGCGACGUCUGGGUGCCCACGGAGGAGUACUUCCUCAAGAAGGCGCCCCGGUGGCGGUCAUUCUUUGAAUCCACCGCCGCGGUGCAGUUCAACCACCGCGUUCUCGCCGGAACGACGCUGACGUCCGUCCUCGCGUUCUGGGCGUACUCCCGCCGCAAGCUCACGUCCGCGGGCGCUCCGCGCCGCGCCACGGUGCUCGUCGACGCCCUCGCCGCGCUGACCUGUUGUCAGGUCGGUCUGGGGGUUGCGACGCUGCUGAACCACGUGCCGGUCGAGCUGGGGUCCGCGCACCAGGCCACGGCGCUCGCGCUGUUCACGGUGGUCGUGUCGCUGCUGCACGCGCUCCGGAGGGGGCCGACGGUGGCGCGGCUGCCAGCGCUGCUGGCGUCCAUGUCGAUGGCACUCGCGCCGGCGGCGGCGGUCGGGGCCGCGGGCGCGGGGCUCGCGACGACGGCGACGGGCGGGGCCGUGCCGGUGUAG